UAGCUGAAUUAAGCUACAUGGAAAUGUGUGUGCGUAGAUUCCUGAAACGUUAACAGAUUUUCCCCAUGUGGCCGUAAACACGCAGGAAUGUGCGCCAGCUCCUGCCCUGCAUGUUGACAUGUAAACAUGAUGUCAGCCUACAGCCAACGGGGUGAACAUGAGGAAAAGUCUGAUUCUGGCGGCUGCAGAACAUGUUCUGGAGGCCAUAAUGUGUUUGCAUUAAACAAAAACGUAGUUUCCAUGUGACGUCAUACCUGAAUUUCAAGUCCAGCACCCUCUUACCUAAAAUAUCCCAGGCAUAAGACGUCGGGAUUAUUCAUGACGUUUGCACCUUCUGAUGUGAAAUGGCGCAGCUCUCCAGACGGAAGACGCCGACAAGUAGCAAAGCUCAUUUGCCAUGUCUAAGACAGCGGUGAAGAAGCUGCACUGGCGGUCCAAUGUGCAGGAUACCUUCAUCCCCUUGCUUGGCGCGUCUGGAGAGCUGGGGGUCGCGGUUGGUGGCGGAGCAGAUUAUGGAGAGUUUCCUUUCGUUACGUCGGCUCCCGGCGGCAGCCUCACAGUGGGAGACGUCAUCCUAGAGAUCGGGGGAACUCCGGUACUGGGGAUGACUUUAGGAGAUGUUCGAGGAGUCCUCAACUCCUGCCCCCAUCCGAUCCGUAUCAAAACUGUUUCACCAGGCUCCACAUUGUGCAAAGAUCUCAGGUUAUAUCUGAGUAAGUGCUUCACACCCGGCUCAGUGGACAGCCAGCUUCAGCAGGUCAUCAGAGAGAACCUCUACCUCCGAGCCGUACCCUGUACGACCAGGCAACCCAGAGACGGGGAAAUCUCAGGGGUAGACUACAACUUUGUCUCCAUUGAGGAGUUUUUCUCCUUGGAAGAGUCCGGACCGCUGCUCGAGAGUGGGAAAUUCAAAGGGAAUUACUACGGCACACCUCGUCCUGUUCACAUAGGUCCAGAGAGUCCCCCCAUCAGCUACCAGGAACACCGUAACCUGCUCAGAAACUUCCGCACACGCAGCAAAUCCCUCAGCAACCUGGAAAAGGCUGCACACGAAGGCAGAAACAGCGAGGACGACUUAGGUGGCUCUGCAGGAGUAAGCAUUCCUAUUGGCCACCGGUCCCCUGGUCGGCCCCGGGCAUCCAGCAGUGGAGGCGAGGGUCAUGGCGUAGAGAAUGGGAUCAUCGGCAGCAGAAGAGGUGCCAGAAUCAGAGGCAUGAUGCCCGAUCACUGGGAGCAGGCGUUCAGUGACCCUGGAGAAUCACUUUACAUCGGGCGCAGCCCGAGGAGGACCAGCUGGCUGGGCCCUCGUCCCUCAAGCAGAGAGACCAACUACAAAAAUGAAUGGUUCACGGACCUGCCUGAGGAUCUCAGGGGUUUCCCUGUCCAUGCACACUUGAUCAAGGGCUCCAGAGGGUUUGGUUUCAACAUAGUAGGAGGCAGCCGGGCAAGAGAGUUUCUCCAGGUCUACAGUGUGACGGCAAGUGGCCCCUCCACUCUAAAGACAGCGGACAUACUCGUGUACAUCAACGAUGCUUGUGUGUUGGGAAUGUCUCACAAAGAGGCGGUAGAGAUGCUCAAAUCAGUGCCUGUGGGCCACAGCAUAGACAUAGAGGUGAGAAGGGGGUAUCCAAUGCUCUACAACCCGGACGGUCGCCCCAAGCAGCCAUCACCAAGGUUACUGGACGCUGAGGACCACCAUGUCACGCCUACCACUACCCAACCACAACCUCUUCACCAGGUACCUCGCCUUUCAACACCUUCACCACAGGGCCAGCUCUUUAAGGGCUACCACAGCGACAGAGGCUACGUGGAGCACGGCGUGACCCUAGAUGCCAAUGGAAAUGCCACAUCUUACGCAUCCAGACUGCCUCCGCCGUACAGACGCUCCAGUGUGAGCAACGCUGCGCCGUUCUCCCCAGUUCGGCCACCGCGGUCACACAGGAGCUUAGCCAGGCUGCAGUUGCUGGACCCGACGCUAGCCAGCCAGAGUGACAGCGAGGUUGUUUCUGCGGUUGGUUCACACAGGGCGUCAAUGAUACGAAAUCACAACAAUAACUCCCUUACGACACCGCAGCAUCAUUUACGUUAUGGAACGUCGAAGUCAUCCGAAAGCGACUUAUCCACCUGCACCGUGCCGGGGACCAGGCUGCCGCUCCCCGAGUCACCGCGGAGGCCGUCGUCUUCCUCUGGCGGGCCCCGCAGCGCUUACUCCCACCUUUUCAGACCACAGACCUCCCAUCUCAGACCACCGCUCACCAGAGAAAGCCCCCUCCACCACGGCGUCAAUGGUUUCCAUGGCAACACCAGCCCCACUGCCAGCCCCAGCAGCGUUUCCUCUCCUGGCGCGAUGAGUGUGGGCAGUGGGUUUUGGGGAUUCACCGGAGGGGAACUUGUUCCAGUGGCCUUGGCGCAAGCCGAAGGAGACAGGGGCCUCGGGUUCAGUCUGAUGGCUGGUGGUUCUGGAGGCAGGUUGACUGUGGUGGAGAGAGUCUUUGACAGAAAGCAGUGCAACUCCCUGCAGCCAGGGGACGCUGUUGUCAAGAUCAAUGGAGCUGAUGUCCAGAGUCUCAGCCUCAUUCAGAUUCAAACAAUCCUGCAGGAACACACAAAACAGGGAGAAGUUAUUCUGCUGGUUUACAGAGGAGGCACUUAUCACUCAUCGGUUUCUCCGGGCUCGGGUCGGAGACUCCCUUCACCUCUGCUGCGCCCCCCUCCUCCUCCUGUUGACGCGGGCAAUUCGUCGUUGCUCCCAGAGGCGCUGCCCGUUCCCCGCACCGCCACCAGCAACCCUCCUUCCCCGCUCCUCACCAGCUCCUCUCUGAUCCAGAGCACCAGUUUCCUGGAGUCGAUUCCAGUGACCCUGACCAUGGAGCCCAAAGACUGGAUCGACAUCGGCCUGGAAGACGAGGCCGGCGGCGGCGUGUCUGUGCCUGAUGCGAGCCUGGAGAAGCGGAAGGGCGAGCGGACGCGGCGUUUCAGAGGGUUUGAGGUGGAACUGAGGAGAAAACCCGGGGAGGGAUUCGGGUUUGUGAUUGCCUCUCAGGACUUGGAGAACGGAAGAGCUAAACAAAGAGCCAUGCUGGAGAGACUACAGUCUGCUUUGAAAACUGUAAAGGAGUCCAAACCUGCGUCCCUCCUUCCUCACCGCUUUGUCACGGUCCGGCGUGGCAGCCCGGCAGCAAAGAGCGGCCAGAUCCGGCCCGGAGAUCGCCUGGAGGCCGUUGAGGGCCGCUCGGUGGUGACGCUGCCUCACCGAGAGCUCACUCAGAUUCUUCGCAGAGCCGGAAACACGCUGCGCCUAACCAUCGUGCCCCGGCCCAGCACCUAUGCUUCAAACCACACAGAAACCACCAACCAUGACCAUGGUCACAGGAGCAGGAAAGGUCAGAGGUCACACCCAAAGCGUGACUCCAGGUAUUACAGCGUCGACCUCGACCGCGGGCCGUCGGGCUUCGGCUUCAGCCUCCGAGGCGGCAGCGAGUACAACAUGGGCCUCUACGUCCUCGGGCUGAUGGAGGGCGGCCCUGCGUCACGGAGCCAGAAAAUACAGGUCAGCGACCAGCUGGUGGAGAUCAACGGGGACAGUACGACCGGGAUGACCCACAGCCAGGCCGUGGAGAUGAUCCGCCGCGGAGGCCACCGGAUCCACCUGGUGCUCAAGAGAGGCAACGGCUACGUGCCUGAUUACGCCCGUGAGCAAAGAAUCACCUCCUCCUCCCUCCUGCACAACCCCAAAGAGCAGAGUCUGGCUGCAGUGAGCUCCACCGGAAGGAGGGGGCGCCGCGCCCAGCAGAUGAGGAGGAGCAGGUCGGUCGGAGACGUGAGGGAGAGCGGGACGGGAGCGAUCAGAGGAAGAAUGAGAAGAAGGCGGGGCUCAGUAGGAGGAGGUCACUUACGGAGCCCCGUCUCUGAGCGCUGGGACGGGGAGAGGAGGAAGAGGAGGCCUCAGAGUUUACCAAGCGACAUAAUCAGGAAGUAUGAAGAUGAAGAGGCAGGAAGGGGAAGAAGAAGAGAGAAGGAAAGAGGGAGGAGCAGACAGAGAGAGACGAAAAGCAGGAGUUUGGAGAGGAGGAUGGAAGAGGAGGAGGAGGAGGAGGAGGAGGAGGAAGGACCUGCUGCUGAGGAGGAACCAGAGGGAAGAGCGGACUCAGUAGAAAGUGAAGACGGCGAUGUUUUCCUACCUAUUCCAGGCCCGACCCACAGACUCCCCAGACCGAAGGAAAACCGGGAGGAGGAAACUGAUGAAAACUGGAACAUGGCGGCAGAAUACCGGGGCCUGAGGAGGGACGAAGAGGAGGAGGAGGAGGAAGACUGCGGCCCAGAGUCGCUCAUCUCUGAUCGGCCCUUACCAGGUGUCACCGUGGCGGGUCCGGAGUCGCACAGAGAGUCGUUCUCCUUCCUCGCCUCCACGCUCUCCGAGAACCAGCUGGGCGACGCCGCGUCGGACUCUGGAGACAGCCAAUCAGAUGCCAGCAUCUCCGCCGCCAGCAUUUCAGGGCUCUCGCUGGCCGCCGCCUCGCUGCCUGGCCCGUGGCUGGUACCGGGUCAGCAGAGGCUGGUUCAGUUUGAGGAUGAGCAACACGAGAAGAAGAAGAAGAAGCAGCAGCAGCUCUGUCUCCUGACUGUUAAUAAGAGAUAAAACACGCAGCAUUUAAACGACGCGGCAUCAGAUUCUGUUCCAUCUCCACCUGCACCAACCGUUUCUGAGUCACUUUAAACCUGCAGCUCAUCUUCUUUGUGCCUUUCUGCAGCUCAUCUCUGGACGACGACGCGACACAUUUCGGUUUGAGCCUCCACCAAACGUUGUAAACGUUUUUCCAGAACGCUGCUGCACAUUUCAACCUACCUUCAGUUACUGACCCACACUGCAAAAACACAAAAUAUUCCCAAGUGUCUCUGGUCGAGUUUCUAGUGCCAAACGUCCUGGUGCUCAUGAAAUAGUAGUUUGACUCUAUGAAACGCAGCGCAAUAAAAACAAUAAACAAAGUUAUUUCUUACCGUAAUGUUAAUUUAAAAGAAAGUACUACUUCACACUGAUAGAUUAUUUCUAUGGAAGAAUAAGAAAAAAUCUGAAUUCUGAUCCAAAUUCUAAGAAAAAAAUAAUAAUUCUGAGAAAGAAAAUAAGUCAAAAUUCUGAUUUUAAAAAAAGUCCAGAUUUUAAGAAAAAUCUAAAUUCAGAGAAAAAAUUUAAAAAUUCAGAGAAAAAAACAAAACUGAAUUCGGAGAAAAAACAAAAUUCAAAUUCAGAGAGGAAAGUCAGAUGCCCCUCCCCCCUCUUUGGUCCUAAUCUGUAUAUUUCACUUAUAACAAGGUAAAAAUGUCUUGUUACUGCCAGUGGAACUAGCAAGUAUUUAUCAAUAUGAAUCAAUUAUUUACUUAAAAUGCUGAAAAGUUACUUGUAAGUUAGUUAUGCCUUAUUUCAAGUUUACUAAGAUAUCUGCACUAGAAAUUAGACCAAAAUUACUUGGUAACAUUUUGUGUUUUUGCAGCGUCUCCACUUCUUCUGCUUCCCUCUGGCCACUUUUGAUUACAGCAAAGACUUUUUACCUCAUGAAGAUACUGAGCAAUAAAAAUGCUGCGACUGUCCGAGACUAUCAGCCGUCCAUAUGCACUCCACUGUGUGUGUGCGCGUGUGUGUGUGUACAGUAACUGUCUCAGUGUGUGUGUGUGAGAAACCCUUUUUGAAGCUCCCCUAUUCUGUAAAUAUCUGUAAAGAAAUAAGUUAAGAGUUUAUUGUAAAUAUUAUAAUUGGAGAAACUCUGAUUUGUAUACCUUUAAUGAAAAAAUCAUAUGUUUGAAUAUAUGCACCAAACAGAUACACACAUAUAUACACAUAUAUCUUACAAAUAACUGACAGUUUUCAUUGUUGUGCGAUGAUGUGAAAAUUGGUACCCAGCUUUUGUGAACACAUAAAUAAAUAUACAGUGCCUUCCAAAAGUAUUCACAUCCCCAGAAUCUUUUCACAUUUUGUGUCGACCCAAACACAAAAUGCAGCAUUUUAUUUAUUACCAAUGUGACAGACGAAAUGUUUUAAAAAUAAAGAGCUGAAAAGUGUGGCGUGAAUUUGUGUUUAUCCCCUUCCCCUGACUUGACAUUAGCUUUGUCUUUUAGGGUAACAACUCCAAUUGAUUUUUUUGACUAGGCCAUUCUGAUGCAUAAAUGAGCUAAUUAAAGGAGACUUAUAAUGCAAAAAUCACAUUUUGCAUUUUUUCUACUUCCAUUUGUGUCUCUACUGUUUCCAAAAAAAACCCACCCAAGCACUUAAUGAGAACGUCCAGCUGUUUUCUGGCAACAGGUUAACAUUUUUUAGUUAAAUUAGCCGUUUCAGAAACAUCUCCUGUAACCUAGCAACCCAAGCGGUGCUCCAGGACUUUUGGUCAGCUGGAUUUACUGCUGUACAAUGGCUGCUGGAAAAGGCAAGUGUUUUGUUGCUGACUUACCAUUUAGAAACCGCUUGCUACAUUCUUGUUGGUUGUGCAGGAGGCUCUACUUCUGCUUUUCAAAGAUGUACGGUUGUAUAAAUGUGCAUCUGUUUGCAGCCAUUUUUACGUGGGAGAGUAAACGUUGAGCUGGAGGGUGACCAACAGCAGCUGUUUAUUUGGAUUUAAAGAGACAGGAAGCCCUAAAACAGCUCAUUCUGAAAGUAUGUGAAAAAAUGUGAUGAAAACGUUUUUUGUGACCUUAGAUUUAUCCUAAUCUGUUAAAGGAACCGUAAUAGGUCACUUUUAAAAACACGGCUUUGUCUGGCUGGUUGUUUUUCUGUUGGAAGGUCAAAGUCCUGCAUGUAGCUUCAUCUGUUCUCCCAUCUGCUGUGACGCUGAAGAAAAGAGCUCGAUGCUGCCACCACCGUGUUUCAUGAUGGCCAUGUUGGUUUUAUGACACAUUUAAAUUUGCAUGUAAGCUAUAAAACUAAAUUUUGGCUUCAUUUGACCAAAGCACCUUCCUCCAUGUUAGGUGCGUCUCUAACAUGUCUUGUGGUAAACUGAAACAAGAUGACGAUAAAAAUCUUCUGCGUACUUUGUUCUCUGAUUGAUGCUCUCCAUGCCAGGACUGUCAGUUUAUCAUGGAUGAUUUGGUAGGUUUGCCGAAGGGCUGCACAAUGUUAUUAAAAAGCACCAUGUAAUGUUUGUGAAUGUUGCAAUUACGAAACAACUUCUGGUUAAAAGUAGUUUUAAAAAACUAACAGACUCCUCUUAAGAAGGAUUAGCAUCCCUUGUAUGUGGCUAGCAAUCUAAAAAGUUUUAGCAAUAUUAAAAUUGCAUAAAAUUGUAAGGCGGCAACGCAGUGACAUUUUGUCCUGCCCUGUUUUCUGUAACCUAUGACCUGUGAAACUUUUCCAUCUGCUGUGUUUUUUUGGUCUUUCUCUUACAAACCUCUGCUACCUUCACUGAACACCUCAAUUCAUGCUAAUUUUGAAUUAUUUCGUAAAAAUUAGAAAACAGUGCAUUACUUUCAGUGAUUGUUUUGGGUAUGGCAGUUGCCCAGGGCGGCAUUAGAAAGGGGGCGGCAGUUUGAACAAGUUUUAAUGUAUUUGCUCGUUUUUCUGCUGUCACAGACAUCCCAAUUAAAGUUGCUGAAGCUUGUUGUGAAACAUGGUUGCCCAAUUCCAGUCAUUCAGAGCAACUUUUAGAUGCAUCCCUGCUUCCUGAAUCACAAGACGAAACUCCUGAAUCAGCAGUAAUUAAAUUCUGCAGAAGCCUGGAAAUGAGUCAUUCAUUUGGUCGAGCUGGAUUAGAGUAGGCCACCAAAAAUCUAAUGAGGUUAAAGGGUGUGAAUACUUUUUCAAGGCACUGUAAACAUGUACUACAGAUAACAGGCAUAUGUUCCUAUUUAUUACUGUGCAACGAUGUGAAAAAUCCCACCUGUUGUAAACAGACACACACAAACAAAUGUAGCACCUGUAAUAGUAUUAAGUGAAUGUUUUGUAAAAUGCUGCUUGAGUGUUUCAGAGUUAAACCGUUAGCAAAGGAUGCCAAAAAAUAUGCACCUGGCGUGUGUAUUCAUAUUUCCAGUACUGUUGUUAUUGUGUAUGUGGGGUCAGAAGAAAAAGAGAAAAAAAAAAAAAAAAACAAUAUCUAGAUUCCUGAGAGUGCUGUGCCCAUCGUGCCACGUACAGUUGCCUUGGUAACAAACCACUUUAUCCUAACCACUGAUUUUUCUUACUGUGAAAAUCUUUUAAUCUGAGGUGUCUAAAACUACGGAUGGGUGGACCGUUGAGGAAUUUCAGCCAUGCCAAAAAUAAAAAAAAAUUAAAAAAAUAAAAUAUCUGCGGAAUCUGAGCUCUGAGAUGGUGAACUAGCACAUCAUUUUCUGUUGCUCUCUUUUUAAAUUAUUAUGACUUAAAGGAAUCAACCUGAAUGGACACUGUGAGAUGUUAUUUUUCUAUUUAAUUAAUAAUAAAGAAGAUUUGUCUUUUUCUUUUUUUUUAUAUACUCAGGUUUUGUGACACUUUGCUCUAGAAAAGCCAUUCGGGUGAGAAGCUGCUCUUCAUAGCACGAUGUGGACCUGCAUUAUUAUUUUAACACUACAGCAAUAUUAUGUUGAUUUUCUGCAGCUGCAUUAAGAUACACAGACUAUUAUUACUACCAGUCAUCUCCAAAAAGCAUAAAUCAACUUUACCUACUGUUUCCAGUCCACUUGAUCGCAUUGAUGUGCUGCAAAUGACCAGACGAUCAUGUUAUAUUCUCCAACACACUGUAGCUUUGCCUAUUUUAUAAUGUUUGCUAAUAUUGUUAUUUUUUAAUAUAUACAGUAUAUGUUCAUUUUGAAAUUGGCUGAACUGUAAAGUGGAAAUAAAGUGCAGAAGCAAAUUUUUUUUUGCAUUGA